AAAAUAAAAUGGAAUUUUGUCAAAAAUCAAUGUCGAAAUCUUGUUUCAGUCUUGAAAAUUGGAAUAAUUAAUCGUAUUUAAAUUAAAAAUGCUUCCAUUUCGCGUUAUUCGAACGAGUAUCCUUUACACGAGUAAAUCGAAGGGUAUCUGUGGUCAGUUUGUUCAUAGAUUUAUCGUAAGUGAACGACUUUUUUCUAUCUAACAAGGGGCUCGGAAUCAAUGGCUACGCUAUCUUCGUACUUAUAAUAUUACAAUAUAAUAUUGGGAUCUAUGCCUUAUGAAACUAAUAAGACUCAAGAUAUCACCAGUUUGAGGUAUCCGGAUAAAGUACGAAUUGUAGAAGUCGGUCCUCGAGAUGGGUUACAAAACGAACCGUCCAUUGUGCCGACCCAAGUCAAGAUCGAUUUCAUCAACAUGCUUUCCAAGACCGGUCUGCAAACCAUCGAAGUAACCAGUUUCGUAUCGCCUAAAUGGGUUCCUCAGAUGGCUGACCAUAAUGAAGUACUUAGUGGCAUCGAUGAUUAUCAAAAUCUUUCCUAUCCAGUUCUAGUACCGAAUCUUAAAGGAUUAAAUGCGGCUAUCUCAGCCGGCGCCAAAGAAGUCGCGGUAUUUGCCUCGGCAUCGGAAUCAUUCAGUAAACGUAAUAUAAACUGUACGAUAAACGAGAGCUUAUCAAGGUACCGAGAAGUAGUAGAUUGUGCUUUGGAUAACAAUCUGAAAGUCAGAGGUUACGUGUCAUGUAUUUGCGGUUGCCCUUACGAAGGGCCUGUGCCAGCUCAACAAGUAGCCAAGGUCGCUAGCGAACUAUACGAGAUGGGCUGCUACGAAGUAUCCUUAGGAGAUACCAUAGGUGUAGGUACACCUGGUACGAUGAGAUCAGUAUUAAGCGAAGUCAUACGUAAAGUUCCAGUUCAAAAUUUGGCCGUACAUUGUCACGAUACCUACGGACAAGCAUUGGCUAAUAUUUUAACCGCCUUAGAGUUCGGUAUAUCUGUCGUCGAUUCAUCAGUAGCCGGACUAGGAGGAUGCCCUUAUGCUCGAGGAGCCAGCGGCAACGUAGCCACCGAAGACCUCGUAUACAUGUUGGAAGGUAUGGGUAUCGAAACAGGAGUCGAUCUCAAUGCUCUUAUUCACGCUGCCAAAUUCAUCUGCGAGGCUUUGAAUCGUAAAACCGAAUCGAAAGUUGGUCGAGCCCUAGGAUCAGACACUUCGCAUAAAAUAAUCGAUCUCUACAUGAACAACAGAAAACCGCAAAAAAUUAAAUAAAUUAUUUCACAAACUCGCACACUUUUCAAAAUUUAUUUUCGUUUUUGUUUUCUUUAUCGGAAGAUUUUUUCGUAUUCCGAGUUUUGUAUAGUGAUGUGACUUGAGAGGCUAUUGCCUUUUGUAAUUUUAUUGAUUUUUAUUUUGUUGUCUAAUUUUUUCCAGUCACUGUAGAUCAUUUUAUUUUUCAAUGUAUCUUGCAUAAGCUAUUCGCAAAUUUUUUCUCAUGUUUGUAUGUGUAAAUACGUUUACGUAUCCUUUUUUUUUUUUUUCGUUUCAUUUUGUAUGUAUUAUUUUGUUUUCAAGUUCCUUAUUGCGCUAUAAUUAUAAAUUUAAGUACAGUA